AUGUUUGGCAAAAAAACCACUAGUACAGCCCGUUAUGGAGGAAGCAGCAGCACAUCCCGAUUUGAUCGUACAACACAAUCAUCAAGUUCGUCAUCCAAAGAUGCUUGUGGAAUUGUAAAUCCAUGCAAGAAUGGUGGUACAUGUAAAACAUUAUCAAGUGGACGAUUCUAUUGCUUUUGCACACAAGAUUAUUAUGGAAAGAAUUGUGAAAACAAAUUUAUAACAUCUGGCACAGCAAAUAAUGAUCGAGGUCGCACCGAUCAUUGUGUUAAAUCACCUUGUCUUAAUGGAGGUGAAUGUGUUGGAUUGCGUACAACAUAUUAUUGUCGUUGUAAAUCACCUUUCUAUGGAACAAAUUGUGAUAAACGUAUUGGAAAACGUGAAGAAGUCAUGGAUGAAUUGAAUACACCAGAUCAGGAAUUACAAGAAUAUAAACGUGAUUUAGAAGAAGACACAGAAGAUUUACGACGAGCUAUUGCUAAUGAAAAUAUUCUAAACAAUAUGGAAUAG